CGCACACACACGCAUUCAUUGUUAACUUCUCCAUUAAAUAGUUGGGUCGGUGUCCCCAGGGUCCAGGCUAUUUGGCGUUGAUUUAACUUUUUAAGUAAGAGAGAAUAAUCGAGUGUUUUGCACGUGAAAGGACCCCCGUUUCCCAGCGUGUUUCCCUCCCGCGUGCGCCCCAUUGUCCCCGCGCGCAGGCAGAAAGAAAACAUUUUAAGUUUCUUUCUAGUCCAACAAAAGAGCCACAUGUCAUUGAAGUCAGUGUGUGUGUGUGUGUGUGUGUGUGUGUGUGUGUGUGAGUGUCAGAACUGAGAGAGUUAAAUCACUGAGUCAAUCAUCUUAAGUAAAUAACUUAUUUUGUUAAUUUAAAUGGCUUCAAUUCCUGUCAAGUUUCUAUCUUUGAUUUGUUAUGGCAUUAUUGUUGUAGGCUACUGCCACUAAACACGUUAUAUAUAGACCUAAACAUGUUUUUUUUAAAGUAUCUUAAUAUUUUUCUCUAUAAUUUAGUCAUAGGCCUACAUAUAUUAGCAUUAGCAAAGUCGCUAACACAUGUCAGUUGAUGAAAUAUCUUCUAUGUCCACAUCUGAACGCUCAUGAAAGAAAAAGUGUACUCCUUCGACCAAUCAGCUCUCGGUUACGGGAUCCUGUGGACCAAUCAGAACGCGUCGUUCGAGUAAUAGACCAGGAGGUCUCUGCAAACUCAGAAAUGUCUCAGUAGUUUGAGAACUCGCGCUCAUCCUAAACGUCUGCUAAUAACAAUAACGCGGCGGUUAUAAUUCCUCUCACAUAAUGAGAACAACAACGAAGGACCACAAAUGAAGAGAGACUGCAUCUGACUGACAACUUUUCCUUUCAUCAUCUACUUUCUAUUUUCCUUGAGGGAUACAAAAAGACAAUCGGAGAUAAUAUUUGUUUGAUCGUGGAAUAUUUACAUGCAUUUUCUAAGCCCUGGUGGUUUGUCUGAAGCGCACUUUUAGUCAACGCGCUGCCCUGGAGCAAUGAGCGGCUUGGCAGGGACCGUUCCCAGGAUGAUGCGUCCAUCUCUCCCUCAAAACUAUCCCCGCAGUGGCUUCCCUAUGGAGGUUUCAACUCCGAUGGGUCAGGGUCGAGUCAACCAGCUUGGAGGAGUUUUCAUCAACGGCCGGCCUCUACCGAACCACAUUCGGCAUAAGAUAGUGGAGAUGGCCCAUCACGGGAUCCGGCCCUGCGUGAUAUCCCGCCAACUCAGAGUCUCUCACGGAUGCGUCUCCAAAAUCCUGUGUCGAUAUCAGGAGACUGGAUCCAUCCGGCCUGGAGCCAUCGGCGGGAGUAAAUCCAAGACUACAUCUCCAGAUGUGGAGAAGCGCGUUGAGGAAUAUAAACGGGAAAAUCCCGGAAUAUUCAGUUGGGAAAUUCGGGAUAAAUUGCUCAAAGAGGGAAUUUGUGACCGGAACAACGUACCAUCAGUGAGUUCAUUAAGCCGCAUCAUGAGAGGCCGAAACGGCGCGAGAGGUGACGAGGAGGAGGAGGAUGAAGAGGAUGAAGAGGACAUCGAAAAGCGCGAGCAGGAAGAACACACCCGCAGGAGCGGACACAGUAUCGAGGGGAUUCUAGCAGGCAGAUCGAGUCCUUCUGAUGAAGGUUCAGAUGUGGAAUCUGAGCCUGAUCUGCCGCUGAAAAGGAAACAGCGGCGCAGUCGGACAACAUUCACAGCCGAACAGCUGGAGGAGCUGGAGAGAGCUUUUGAACGCACACAUUACCCUGAUAUCUACACCAGAGAAGAGCUCGCUCAGAGAGCUAAACUCACAGAGGCACGAGUACAGGUGUGGUUCAGUAAUAGACGAGCUCGUUGGAGGAAGCAAGCGGGAGCCAAUCAGCUCAUGGCGUUCAAUCACCUGAUCCCUGGUGGUUUUUCACAUCCGGCUAUGUCCAGUCUCUCCCCGUAUCAGCUGUCAGAGAGCCCGUACCCACCUGCUAGCCUUUCUCAAGAUUCAAGUACUGUACACAGACCUCAGCCGCUGCCGCCACCCUCGAGUCAUCAGAGUUCUGGAGGGGCGGGGCAGGAGGGCGGGGCUUCCUACUGUCUCUCUAGUCGGCAUGGUUACGCAGGAUAUUCAGAUACCUUUGGACCUCAUAACAGUCACGCUAACUCUUCCAUUAGUAAUGGACUGUCAUCUCAGGUUAUGGGAUUAAUAACCCCAGCUGGAGUUGCACAUCAGACCCAGGCUGAGUUUUCUCUGUCGUCUCUCAGCGGCGCUCUGGAGUCGGGCGGAUCCGUCAGCAGCACCUGCUCUCAGCGCAUCGAGCCCCUGUCGACUCUACCUGCCCUCUCCAACAUGCCCAGUCCACAGUCUUACGGCCCGGCCUCCUUCUACAGCAUGGAGCACAGCGCCCCCUACCAGUACAGCCAGUAUGGACAAAGUAAGAUUCCUUUCAUUAUCUGAGGCCUGAAAUCGCCUGAACGGGUCGUGCAACUCAACUGUCCCAAAGUCCUGCAUUUUCAAAGCCGGAAUUAGGUUUUUCCACAGACAGAGAUUCAAAAUUCAUUGACUUGGCAAUAAAAAUAAAACUGUUACGCCACCGGAUGGCACAGCCACACAGCCACACACACACACACACACACACACAGCCGGCAGAUCAAAAGAGCUUUUUCUGUCUAAAACAUUCCCUUGAACUCUUCUUCAAAAGCCUUCCAACAGAAUUAUCCACAAUCCCUGAAAACAAAACAAGACAAGCUGAAUCAAAACGAAAAAGGAGACAUUUGUGUAUGAUUUUACUGCAAAACAUGUUUAAGUGCAAUAUGAGAAAUAGAAAUGCAAGGCCACAUUCAAACAAGACAUUCGCAACCACUGAGGUCUUUGCAACCAGCGGGCGUCCAAAGCAAGAGCCUGGAACGAGAUCGCCUGUUUUUAUGAUGCCAGACACAUCGCUCUCCGCCCAUGUUGUAAAUAAAAGACAAAUAUUUUAGAGUGGACAAUGAACUUUUUCUCACACAUUCCUUGACAAUGAAUGAUAAUUUUUUAUUUUAUUUUUUUAAAUGAGGGAUGAUUAGAAAAUUAUACAGUAUUUGGGAACUAUUUUGCUUAAAGGUACACUCACUAUGUAACUUUUGGCCCUCUUUGCAUCUUAACACUUGGUUGUGCUUUGGUUGUGCGUGACUGUGCGGAUGAAUAUGGUUAUCCUACUGCUCAUAAAACAUCCACUACUAUAGGCUUAAGAGCAAUCUGAUUUCAUGGAAAAACAUAAAAUAUGUACAUAUCACUGCAGUUUCCAACAGAAAUGAACACUAAAGUGUCAGUAAAACAGCAAGCACUUUUAAUCGUUUUCAUACACAGUUAUGAUUACAGGGUCAGAUUAUGGAUCAAUAAAGACUUGUUUUCAUGUCUCCUUGCACAAUAUUAUGUUAUGAUCUCAAAACACUUUACCAAAGUGCAUGAUUUGUAAACAAAUAUAUUUUGGACUUUGCAUCGCUUAAACCAGCUCCAUAUGUUUCGCUUUUCUGACGUAGCUUGCUCGGUAUCUCAGCUGGUACAGAAUUGUACUUAGGAUUGCAUAAGCCUUGGGUACGAAUCCCGUGAAAACAUGAUGCAUGAUAAAAGCUCGCAGAUGAGAGAUCAAAAACAAGCUAAAACUGCAUGAUUACGAUGGGGAUUUUAUGCCUCAUUUGCUUUUGUUAAAGGAUUAGUUCACUAUCAAAUGAAAAUUACUCCAAGCUUUACUCACCCUCAAGCCAUUGUAGGUGUAUAUGACUUUUUUUUUCUGAU